GAAAAAAAAGUUAAAAAUGCAAAUAAAUUUCUAAAAAAAUAAAAAAGUGCCAAGAAAAUAAGAUACCGCAAUCUUCAGGAGGACCUACUGUUUUUGGUUUUCUAGUUCGGUGCAAACGUUAAAGCCUUCGAGAUGCCUUCAUGUCCACCAGUUGGUCCAGGGCCAGGAGCCUAUGGUCUGCCACCAGAAGUUGGGUUUCCAUGCCAUGAUGUUCGGAAACCACGUUUGCCUAUGUACUCAUUUGGCCAGAGAACACCUUUGUACAGUGCAAAUAAAGGACCUGGUCCAUGCUAUAAAAUUGAAGGGGUAUCUCGAUAUGGAAAAGACACCGUUCCCAUGUUUUCCUUGAAGUCUCGAAGUACGCUUCCUGAGAAAUCUACAGGACCUGGUCCAGCGGCCUACUCACCGAAAUUAAAGGACAAUGCACCAGCCUUUUCUAUGAGAGGCCGAAUAAAUGUGCCUACCGUCAGCGUGGGACCAGGACCAUGUGCCUAUUCCUUGCCUGGGACAAUAAAUGAUUUGGCGUUCAGUAUAACGUCCCGUAGAGAUUCUACUGAAGUUUGGAAAUCACCUGGUCCUGCGACAUACUAUUUGGGAAAUCCUGAUGUUUAUAAGCAUCGCAAUGGUUCAUUUUCCUUGACGUCUCGUACGAAAGAAUAUUCAACAUUCAAGUCACCAGGACCUGCUGCGUAUUAUGCGAAAACCCAUCCUGGUUCUAAGGGUCCUUACAGUUUCUCAUUUGGAUCUCGACACAACCCUUGUUCCAUGCCUUAUAUUACACCUGACGAUUUAGCUCAAUAA